CUCGGCGAGAAGGAAAUCAAAAUGGUAAACCAAAAGGCCAUGAAACCCGGCCGCGAAUCCAGCGGUGGCGAUGGCGGUGGCCGGACGGUGGCGGAGCAGUUGUUGGACAUCGCAGAGGAACUGCUCGACUCGCGGGACCUCGUAGGUACCAAGCGGUUCGCGGAGCGCGCCCUCGAGUCCGACCCCCUCGUCGCCGGCGCCGACGAGGUCCUCGCCGUCGCUAACGUCCUCCUCGCCUCCCAGCGCCGCCUCAACAACCAAUGUCACUGGUACGCAAUCCUCCAGCUUGACUCCUCCACCCCCGCCGGUCGCGACCCCGCUGCUGUUCGCCGCCAAUACCGCCGCCUCGCCCUCCUCCUCUGCCCGGACCGGAACCGCCACCGCGGCGCCUCCGAUGCCUCUAAGCUUGUCGCAGAUGCGUGGUCUGUCCUCUCCGACCCUUCAAAGAAGGCUCUUUUCGACCUCGAGCUUGACAUCGCCACCGCCCACGGCGAGCUUCCUCCCUCCUCCUCCGCCACCCCUACGUCCCCAGCUCCUUCGCCUCCAAGGCCCGACCCGACGUUUUGGACCGCCUGCCUCUCCUGCUGCCACGUUCACCAGUACGACCGCGCCUAUGAGGACCGCAACCUUCGGUGUCCGAAAUGCCGGCAGGCCUUCCGCGCCACCGCGCUUGCGGCGCCGCCGCCCAUCGUACCCGGCACAGAGAUGUACUACUGCUCCUGGGGUUUCUUCCCACUGGGGUUCCCCAUCGGGCCGAGCUUUAGUGGUGUCUCAGCUUCGGUUGGCAUGCCAAGCUUCGGUUCUGAGUGGAAGCCCUUCUAUCCAAUGUUCCCGUUGAGUGCUUCCCACCAGUCUCAAGAGCCACCUGUUCAGAGAAAUGCGCCAAUGAACACUCCAGAGUCCCCGGCUGGUAGUUCGCCGAGGAAUGCACCGGAAAAGGUGACACCUUUAUCAAGUUAUGCACCAGACAAGGUGAUUUCUUUGGGCUCAAACAGGAAGGUGGUGGCGAAAAAGUCAGUUGGGAGCUGUCUGAGAAAGAGGGCUUUGGUUUCAGAGGCUGCGAAAAGGAGUUUGGAGGGCACUGCAGCGAGGCCGGUGAUUAUAGAUAUAAAUGAAGAUGGUGAGAGCUGACAUGGUAACUGGGUUUCAGGAGACGUCGUAAAUGAAUAGUUUGUAAUGCCGAGCUGGAUGCUGGCGGUGACAUUUUGGCAAACCAGAUGAACAUCUCCUUCCUGAAGGGCUGAGAGUUCCAGCUUCAGAUUCUGUUGUAGUUAUGAUGGGAUGAUUCUAAAUUUUGUGGGCUAGAUGUAUUUUGGAUGUUUUAAGUUACCGAGUCGGCAUUGCAAAAUACAGCUUGAAUGUAUACAUUUUGUGAUAGUGUGAGUUUCUUUUGGUUACCAGGAUAUGAUUUGCAUUUUCUUUAA